GAGAGCAUUUCCAUCGAUUGAAGCCCUUGAACCAGCCGUACGUGUGUAUGCAGUUUCGGUCGGAGGUUUCGCCUGCUGUGUAUUUCUCCGCAGAGCAUCAGAUGUAGGAUGCAAGAAAAGAUGCCAGGACUGCUCAGCGGAGGGAAGCGAUUCCUGUUGAUCUACGCAUCGCAGACGGGCCAGGCGAAGGCCAUCGCAGAGGAGAUCGCCAGCCUUGCCCCCGAGCACGGCCUCCUCCCCGACCUCCACUGCAUCAGCCUCACCGAGAAAAAGUUCGACAUCACCCAGGAGCGGUGCGUCGUGAUCGUGACAUCCACGACGGGGGAGGGCGAGCCGCCGGACACGGCCCAGAAGUUCUGGCGCCGCCUCAAGAAGACCACCCAUCCCGACGGCUAUCUCCGGCACCUCCGCUACGCCUUGCUCGCGCUGGGGGAUUCAAAUUACACCAGCUUCUGCAAUUGCGGGAAGAUGAUAGAGAAGCAGUUGAGGGUCCUGGGUGCAGAGCCGCUCUGCCCGCCCGGUUGGGCCGACGAUGCCGUCGGACUGGAGAUAGCAGUGGAACCAUGGAUAGAAAACCUUUGGCCAGCCCUUCAGUCCUUCCUCGGCAUCGAAGGAAGGCAGGAGAAGGAAGAACCCGAGAGAAAGCAGAAAAAGGACGAACCUGAAGGAAAGCAGGAAAAAGAUAAUGAAGAAAAUCAGAAGGGAGAACCUGACCCAGAGGUUCAGACCCUUCUUUCUUCCUCAGAAGAGCCACUUUCCGGCACGCUCGUGGCCUCGCUCGGCAUUCCCGAAGAUGCCAAGAUGUCUCUGCCUCCCCUGCCAGCUCCGUAUCUCGAUGUCGUCAUGCACGAUGUGCAACCAGGGGAGGCUGUGGAAGAUUUUCACUUGAAGAACCUGCCCCUGCAAGAGGGAGACGUCCUCGAAGGUGACAUCGAGAAGGUCGAGGUCCUCACGUCGCCUGAUGCGGUCAAGAAGACCUUGCAUGUUGUCCUAAGGUUCAAGGAGGCUCCAUGGGCAUGGGGGCCAGGCGAUUCAUUGGGCCUCGUUUGCCCAAAUAUGCAUUCUGAGGUGGAAGUGGUUAUGAGAAGACUUGGGCUAAAAUUGCAAGAUGGGGAAGCCUUUUAUUCGGUGGAGAGUUUGGAUGAAUCCGGGAAGAAAAAGGUCCCUCCUCACAUUCCCCCUUUGGGAUCCUGGUUCUACCUUUUCACCUGGUGCCUCAACAUCAGGGCCAUUCUCAAGAAGGUGAACUCAUUGACAGACAUGUUUGAAAAUGCCCACUUCCGCAUUCUCUCGGAAUACAGUUCGGACGAGAGGGAACGCCGGUGUCUGCAGUGGUUGAGUUCCCGUGAGGGAGGCCAAGACUAUUCUCGCAGAAUUGUGGAACCUCAUUGUGGUUUCAUCGACAUCCUGGAGAGCUUCCCCUCUUGUCACCCGCCUCCGAGCCGCAUUCUCGAGAUGCUGCCCCGCAUCACACCCCGUCCGUACUCGGUCGCCUGCUCGCCUUGCCGUCAUGGUCCUCGAUGCCUGGAGUUUGUGUUGUCUGUGGUGGAGUUCCCUGCUGGGGAGGGACGCCUUGUCCCUCGCAAAGGGCUCUGCUCCGGAUGGCUGGAAAAUGUAUCCAACAGCAUGGAUUCCCUUGUUGAUUGCCUCGAGGACUUGCACAUUCCAGCCUCCUCAACACCACUUAUUUCCCAGUCAAGAGUGCCUGUGUGGGUUUACAAGAGAAAGAGCAGUGGUUUCAAACUCCCUGAGAACCUUGACUCCCCUAUAGUGAUGAUUGGUCCUGGAACUGGCCUUGCCCCUUUCAUUGGCUUUCUCCAGCAUAGAGACCAUGAAACAGUGAAGAAGGAACCCUGGUGGCUGUUCUAUGGAUGCCGGCACCCUGACAAGGAUUUUCUCUUCAAGGAAGAACUUGACCAUUUCCUCGCCUCUGGAUCCUUGGGUCGUCUGCUGGUGUCUUUCUCCCGUGUGUCAUCCCCUGACUCCCCCAAUUAUGUCCAGGAUAACAUGAGACUCCAUUCCAAGGAGCUAGUGGACCUCAUCACAGAACAGGGUGCAACGGUCUACAUCUGCGGGGAUGCACACAACAUGGCCAAAGACGUCCAGUCCUGCUUCCUUGAUAUCAUAGCUCAAGAAAAAGGUGUGAGUCAUGCGGAGGCGUUGAAAAUUUUGGAAAACAUGCGUUCACAGAAGAAGUACCUACAAGACAUCUGGAGUUAAUCUGUUUGUAGGCAACAUAUCAUCCAGAACACAAAACUUGUGCUGCCAUACAAGUGUAUAACAAAUUCCAGUGCGGUGUGUUUUUGCUGAUAAUAUGCUCACUUAAGCGACUGGUCUUCCAUUUCCACCUCUUUGGCUUCAUUGUCCCGAGAGUUUUGAUGUAUCAGUGAUUUUCAGGUGC